AUGUAUUUGUUUGGAGUGGAGGGGAAAAGGAGAAGAGGUGAGAGGAGAGGAGAAGCAGCGGGAGAUGGAGAGACGUUAUAACUUGGCUGUGAAGGUACAAAAUAGAGGUAGAGAAAAACAGUGUAAAUUAACUUGGUUGUAAAAGGAAUAUGGGGACAGAGAGAGAGUUGGCCAGGGUUCUGUAUUAGUUGGGAGUGUCCCUCCACUGACGUCCCCCUUUCUGGUCUCAGAAGUAAAGAAUGUUGGGCAGGCCAGUCAGGGCUGUGUGUGGAGACUGUUGGGCCAGGCAGGACUAUGGAAUGCUGUCAGCGCUGAGUAAAUCAACAGAGCAUGCUCACUGGGCAAUCUGCUGUAGACGUCAGGGAAAGCAACCAAUUCAGCGUGUCAAUAGUGACAGAUCGCUUCCAGUGUGAGGCAGGCUGUAAUUCACAAGCAAAACAUAUUCCGUACACACACACAUAUGCGAACACACACACACACACACACACACAAACACACACUGUCUCUUUAGCUCUGUCUUUCACACACAUUCACCCCCUCUCGCACUCUCUCUGCUCUCUCACUCUCUCACUGCUCCCUCGCACUCUCUCUGCUCCCCCCCCCCCCCCUUCUCUGUAAGUUCUCUGUUUCGCUGUAGCUGCGUGAGGCAGAGUGGUAGUUCUCCUUUGGUAGUUCUCCUUUGUUGAGAGAGCGAGAGAGAGAGAGAGCAGUCCUACUACUGCAUUAUUAACAUGAUGUUGCUAUAGGGCUAUUUAUAGUGUGUGUGUGUGUGUGUGUGUGUGUCCUCUGACACUAAGCUUUGCCUCCUUACAUGAGAUGAUGAUGAUGAUGAUGAUGAUGAUGAUGAUGAUGAUGAUGAUGAAAUCACUUUGCAACAUAAAAGUACCGUCAAAACUUUUCAAACCAGUAAAACCCCUGAAACAGAUAAGUGUUCAGUUUUCAAAGGGUACAGAGGAAAAUGCUUAUUUGAGGUGGUUAUGAUGUUAUAAUAUUUUACAUUAGGUGAUACAUUGGUUCACAUUUACAGUGAAAUGUAAAAAGUUGUUUUGCUAAUGCCAAAGCUGAACUCCAAUAGAAGAGUGCUGACUUAGCCGGUCUCUCUUUUGUGGAGGAAAAGUGCAAAGGGAGGAUAUCACAGUGUUCACACCUUGGGUGAAGAACUGUUUCACAUUGCACUUUUCACCUAGUGAAAUGCUGCAUCAGACCUCUGUGUGUCAAUGAUGGUCCUCUGUAGGCCUGCUUGCCCCCUCUCUUUCUCUCUCUCUCUCUCUCUCUCUCUCUUUCUCUCUCUCUCUCUCUCUCUCUUUCUCUCUCUCUCUCUGUCUCUCACUCACUCACUCUCUCUCUGUGUUUCUCUCUCUCUGUUUGUGUCUCCCUCUGUCUCUGAUGCGUUGGCCUUUGGCCAGGAUACUGUCUGUCUAGCAUGUUAGGUCCCACCCACUUCUGCAAGUCAGAAAUGUGAGCUGGGUUCAUUUUUUUUCUCCUUCCUCCCCGCUAGCUAAGUAUCUGUGGUGCUGUCUGUGUGUCUGAGAGAGAGAGCAAGAGAGAGUUUGUGUGUGUGUAUAUCUACGUGCCUGUGUUUGUAUGCGCGAUGGGAGCUUCAGGGGCAGUGCAAUGGAUCACUAGUGAAUAAAAACAGGAGGCAUCAAUAACAACAUCACACGACAGAGGUGAGGAGGAGUUGUAUCUCUCUCUCUCUCUCUCUCUCUCUCUCUCUCUCUCUCUCUCUCUCUCUCUCUCUCUCUCUAUCUCUCCCUGUUUCUACCCCUCUCAUUCUCUGACUCUUUCCAUUUCCCUCUCUUUCUCCUCUUUCCCUCCCUCCUCUCCCUUCUCUCUCUCUCCCUCCUUUCCUACCUCCCUCCAUCCUGUCAUCUGUGGAGCCAGUUAGAGCUGGUAGCAGGUACAGCAGGAGGCAGGAACCCAUUACUACGGCGCAAGCUCUCUGAUUGGCUGAGCCGGGGAGACCGGGAGACUGCUUCUAAAUAAUAGAUGUGCAUUGUGCCGACACUGGACAGGAAGGAGAGAGAGAGAGAGAGAGAGGAACAGAGAGAAGGGGAGGGAAAACAGAGGCAAAAGGAAGAGGGAGAGACAACAGGGAGAAAGAGAGAGCGAAUGAGAGUGAGAGAGAGAGCGAGAAAAGGGGGAAACAGAGAUAGAGAAGGGGAGGGGAAAUGGAGAGAGGAGGAAGAGGGAGAGAGACAGCCGAGAGAGAAAAAGCAAAAACAGAGUGAAAGAUAAUAGAGGAGGAAAAAGAAAAGAAGCUGGAGCGUUGCCACUGUGGCCUCUGUGGGAGCUUAGCAGUGUUCUGACAUCAGAGCCUUCUCUCUCUCCCUGUGCUAUGACGACAAUUAGAUGAGACACACUGGGACUUUUCUUGACUCUGGGUAAGUCUGAGAGCAGUGUGUGAAUGUGUGUCUCUGUCCGAAUACCCGUAUUGAGUUUGCUUUAAAUGCCAGAAUGUCAUACUAAUUUAGGCUUUUCAUCUAGUAGAGUUUGCUGCACACUAUUGAGGAAGUAAAUCGUCUUUCGAGACCCACGUGUGUCUGACAACAGCUGAUAAUCAGCUGAUGGGACACACUGUACCAAAACGAAUGAGUGGCGGGAAUCAACGCAGUUGCGCAUUAGAUGAUGCAUUCUGAGUAGGAUAAGUCUAGCAUGUUGAUAUUUGUUGCUUACUGCAUCGUUGUUACUAAACAGUACGUUCUAAAUAGCAUGUGGUAUGAUUAGUGGGGUCGUUCCAUGAAAUGAGUUCCUUUUGCGUCCCUUUGAUAUUUUAAGUGGAAAUUCUGCACCAAAAAAAAAUAAUGAAAACAUGUUAUAUUAAAUGAAGUGCCCUUUAAUAUAGACCACAUGGAAAAUUCAAUAAAUCUGAUUUUGAAUAUGAAUAAAGACUUUUUGGCCAUUUUCAAAACUGAGCAGGUCGAGCAUAACACGUCAACCCUGUUACCCAGGCUAGAAAUGUUUAGUGAAGCUUGCAUUCAAUUGCCCAUCCCUGUUGCACACAACAAGCUUCCAUUUCCCCUGUCACAAGUGGAUUUAUGGCUUAUUUAAGAUGAAGUCAUCAACCCUGUUACAGUCAGCCAUGUUACUUUAUUUGGCACUUAAUAAGCACUUACUAUAGUAUUUGUAUUUAUUUAACAUGAGAUGGGAAGUCUUUUUUAUUAAGUUGAACAUGUGCUCUUGACAGAAUGUUAAACAUGUGCUCUUGACAGAAUGUUAAAAUUAGGUGAAAUAACUUUUUUUUACAAAGUUACACUACUCAAAAGGCACCUAAUUAGUGGAACGACCCAGUAUACAGGAUGCAGUUUAGGUAAGUAGUAGGCAAGCCAGAUUUCGGACAUGGCCUGUUUGUGUGUGUGUGUGUGUGUGUGUGUGUGUGUGUGUGUGUGUGUGUGUGUGUGUGUGUGUGUGUGUGUGUGUGUGUGCGCCCCACGUGUGAGCGUAUCUGUGAGUUGAGCUGUCUGCUUGAAGAGAUAUCGGAAGGUAUUUGUAUUUGUUCAUGGUUCUGUGGUGUGUGUUUGCAUGUGUGUAUCUGAUAUUAUGUGUGUGUAUGCAUGUGUGUGUCAGGCAAUCCCAGUCUGGCUUUGGGUUUAAGUAGGGUCCCCUGCUGUGGCUCGAGAUAAAAGGAGGGUUUUGGGUCUGAAAGCAUAGAAAGAUUUAGACUGACUAGAAUGGACACUCCUGAUGGCUUCAUUGAUGGGAAACUUUGGAAUUAGAUGUUCUCUCUCCAUGUUUUAAAACGUAUCCAUGUUUUCCAACUCAGAACAUGCAUGUUUGUUUCCACUAUUCUAAAUGCAACAAUGUAAAAUCCUAAUGCACGGCAAAAUGAGUGUGAUUCAUUAUCAAAUGUAGACCUUUUUCUUUUCUAGUGGAUGUACAGUAUAUCUAUGUCUGGGAGUGGUUCCAGGAGACUAUGUCUUGGAGCAUGACUGCAGCCUAGCAGCACUGCACAGGACAGACAGAGAAAUAUCAGCUGACCAGGGCUUGACCUACUUGGGCCGCAGUUUGACGCACGCACGCACACACACACACACACACACACACACACACUUGGGCCACAGUUUGACUCACUGACCUGCACUCUGCAUCAGAGAGACUGGCUGCUCGUCCAGUAAGAUUGUGUAGUACUGGGAGCUCGUCCAGUAAGAUUGUGUAGUACUGGGAGCUCGUCCAGUAAGAUUGUGUAGUACUGGCUGCUUGUCCAGUAAGAUUGUGUAGUACUGGCCGCUCGUCCAGUAAGAUUGUGUAGUACUGGGAAGACAGUGGGGGAUUCAUUAAGACACACAGGGUGCAGUUCCCAGUGAACUAUGUUGAUAUGUUGAGCUGCAUUGUUGUCUGUUUCCUGUACAUCUAAUGUGCUCUAUGUCUAACCACUGCAACCCCCACCAUCCUCACAGCUAGUGCGUGUGUGUGUGUGUGUGUGUGUGUGUGUGUGUGUGUGUGUGUGUGUGUGUCUGUGUCUGUGUCUGUGUGUGUGACCACCCUGUUUCCUCUUCUGUAAGAAGCCUAGGCUGCUGAUUUAAAGGGAUACUUCAGGAUUUUGGCAAUGAGGCCCUUUAUCUACUUCCCCAGAGUCAGAUGAACUAGUGCAGUUUGAAGGAAGUUGCUAAUUAGCGCUAGCACAAUUGAUAACUAGUGUUAGCGCAAUGUCUGGAAGUCUAUGGGCAUGCUAGCAGAUACCCAAAGACUUCCAGUCAUUGUGCUAAUGUUAGUUAGCAUUGACUCGCAAAACGACCUCUAAUUUCCUUCAUACUCGACACAGAGACAUAAAAAUGGUAUCCACAAGUUCAUCUGUCAUUGCCCAAAUCCCGAAGUAUCCCUUUAAUACUCACACAGUUACUGUUCUCAACAAUAGCCUCAGGCUAUUGUCAAUCGUAUCCAUCUAAUGUGUUCUAUUAGAUGGAUAAGGGAUGUAGCUCAGUUGAUAGAGCAUGGCGUUUGCAACGCCAGGGUUGUGGGUUCGAUUCCCACAGGGGGUAUGAAAAAAAGAAUGAAAAAAAAGAAGAAAAAAAAAGUAUAAUAAUAAUGUGACUAAACUGUAAGUCGCUCUGGAUAAGAGCAUCUGCUAAAUGACUUAAAUGUAAAUGUAAAUGUUCUAACCACUGAAACCUCCAGGAUCCUAACAGCUAGUGCACGUGUGUGUGAGUCUAAAGUUACAGUGCUGUGAAAAUGCUGUAGUGCAGAUGGGAAGGUCCUGACCCCAGGGUUAGUGAUUGGACAAGGACAUACUUCUAAUCAUAGUGUAUCAUGGGUAAUUCCUGGCAGAGCUUCAUAUUUCAUUAUCUUAAUUGUCUGAAUGCAGGUCAGAUACUGUACACAGGUCAUUACCCCUAUGCCUUCACUCUAGGCUACAUCUUAAUCUGGAAACUAGCGUGAUUUAAUCCUAUCUGUGUGCCCUCUAAAGAGCAAAAAACGUAUUGUAUUGAAGUCAACCAGAAUAAAUCCUAAUGUAUUUUUAUUUUUCUACAUAGGGCAUCAUCCAUCAUGGCUCUCCACCUCUCUACAUAUCUUUGUGGGGUCAAGAAUGCAUUUCAGACAAAUAUAUUGAUUUGGUAGGACUACAGUAGUCUUAAUCUCUAUCACUACAGAACUAUGACUUUAUUCUUCUUUGCCUUUUUAAAGAGCAUAGUGCAAGGCUAUCCAUCUCUCUGGAUCUCUUUGUCAGUCAAGUAUUCAUAUCAAAUGCAUAUAAAACAAAUGUAUAUAUUUAUAUAGUCUGACCGUAUAGGGUGGAAGGGAAGGCUCUUUGCGAGUGAUUGGCUUACAUGAGCCUACGUUUUUUUUCAUAGGCGAGCCUAACUUUUGUUUUGUUUGUGUGUUUAUUUUGAGCCUCGAUUGUUUGUGGGUUUGGUGCCAUGGCCACACACAUAGGGAUACAAGACACAGAAAUUGCAGACUGCACGUUUAACUUGACUGUUGCUGCUGCAUUUUGUGUUUUGUUCGUGAUUAACCCCUCCCUCCCCAGUAAAAUGUGUAAUUUGAACCCUACAGAAACCAACACCUGCAGGAGAUGUCAGAGUGACUCAGGUAGCUAAACUCGCUCCAUCCCUCCCUCCAUCCAUCCCUCUCUGGCUCCAGCAUCCGACCGCUUGUCGUUACUCCAUCUCCACCUCUCCAUCUGUAUGCUCUGUAUGCUCACAGAGGCCAAAUCAAACUCGCACUAUGAGAAAACCUGAACAGACAGUUUAUAAAAUGAAUGUGAUUAUUUACCCUGUGCCGGUUUUUCCUGAAGUGUGGUUUUGAUUGAAUCUGCCCCAGAGUCAUGGAGAGAGAUUAUAAACCCAUUGGAUGUGCUUCUGGUUGGGCAGAGGCUAGCAGAGUGGAGUGGAGGGGGGGUCAUUAGCUGGGAAGGAUAUCAUUGGCUGCUAAAUGGGUUCCAUUACGGUUUUGCAGAAGCAUGACUUUGUCUACAUCCCAAAUGGCACCCGAUUUUCUUUUAAGGGCACUUCUUUUGACCAGGGCCCAUAGGGCUCUGGUCAAAAGGAGUGCACUACAUAGGGAAUAGGGUUCCAUUUGGGAUGCCGCCUUUUGAUUUCAAGAGGAUUUGAUACCCUCUCCAUAUUUCUUAUUUUGCAUACAUUAUCCUGCCCACAUUACACAGCAUACUGGCUGGAGCUUAUAUAGAUUAUGAUUUUAUAGAAAUAGCUUAUUUUUGUCUUGUAUCACACAUUGUAUGUGUAUAGGCUUCUGACAAUGCGUGUAUAGACGUCCAAUGUACGGUUUUCAUGUUCUGAGAAAGUGUACUGUCUCAUAUCUGUGUGUACUAUAUAGUACUACCUCUAUCUGUAGUGUACGUGAGCUGAUCUGCAUGUGUGUCUAUAUCAGAGUGUUGUGAGUAAUGUGGGCUGCACAGUCAAGCCUGUAAUAUAGACUAGUCUGUGACAUCACUGCUUUCUGCAUUCAUCCAUACUGUAAGUUCAGUGGAAAUGUGUGGUAUGGUCUUUUAAACUUGCUGUUUAUUAUACAGAAGUGCUGAGAUAUUGCAGUGUCAACAGCAGAGAGAAAGAUAUAAUGAUGUCGUCAUGUACCUUUAAGUGUAGAAGAGGAGACUAUCCACUAGCUAAAUCACCUGAGUCAUCCAUCCUGUGUGAACAGCAGGAAGUGUAACCCGGGGCAACAGGCUGCUGUUUCCAUUAACUAAUGAUAGAGGGCAAGUCCUCCAUUACAAGGAAACUCCCAAUGCUAAUUACUGUAGAGCAGAGAGAGAAAGAAAGAGUGAAAGAGAGACUGAGUGACAGAGAGACUGAGUGACAGAGAGAGAGAGAGAGAGAGGGGGGGGGGGGGGGGGGGGGGGGGGGUUGGGGUUAGGGUGGGGGGGGACUAGCAGAGUACUUAACCCUUGCGUGACUACUUUUGACCAGAACUCUAUGGGUGUAAAUAGCAGUUUGCCACGUCUUACGACAGGCUGGGCGUAUGGAGGGAGGACGGAGGUGGUGAUUAAGUGGGGAGAUAAGCUCUCUGUAAAUUGGCACGGGUGUGGAAUCAAUUCCACUUUAAAGUGGAGGGGCUGAGUCUCUCCCUCCAUCUGGGCUCUUUGGCAGCAUCUCUGCUUGGGAGCCGUGAGAACGGUCCUGCUCCAGAGAUUGGGGUAUCACGUGUGGCAUCAGUCUGCUCUGACUGUGGUUCCAACUCUCCUGUCGUGGCGUUCGAUUUCUUCUCAUCUAUUCUCUUCGGGUCUCUCUCUCCCCUCCUCUGAUGUCAUUUUUUUUGUUUUUUUUUUGUUGUCAUUUUUAGGCAGACAUUAAGCAGACAUUUGUGUCAUAUGGCUCAAUUAAGGCUUUGCUGUUCGAUCUCAAACUACCUUUUGAGCUUAUUUUCUGUGUUAAGAUGUUAGACAUUAAGUCAAUAACUCUUCUUAUGUACAGUACAUCAUACACCAUUCAUAAUGAUAUUUGCCUGCCGGCAUGGUGCAGCAGACAGUUACCUGCAUUGAAAAUGACUGAGGACGCUGAGCAUUCUGAUUAGUCAUUGGGGUCGAGUGGAGGGUAGGAAGAGGGGGUGAAAGAAAGUAGGAUUGGGAAAUGGAGGUAGGCUGAGGUAAGGGAGGGGAUGAGAGGAUGGGUUUUAUGACCUUUGAGUGCAGGGUCUCAAGCGACUCUCCUCCUCAGAGUCUCGCAAUCUAUCGAAUAAACUCUCCAUCCGUGUAGGAGCUCAGUCUGCCAUCUCCCAUCUCUCUCUCCUCUCAUCAUCGUCCUCUCCUCUCUCUCUCUCUCUCUCUCCUCUCUCUAUCUUUCCCCCAUCUCUCUCCCCCUCCCCCUCUCGCUCUCUCGCUCUGCAAUUUACCCGUCCUCUUCAGAAAGCCAACAGGGGACUCUCUUCUAGAGGGAUCAGAGCUGAUGUACUGCAGAUAAACACUGUGUGAUUCAUUCCAUCAGUCACUGAGAUCUACACUUGCAGACAGACAGCAACAGACAGGCUGGGAUUACUGUGUUAGGGUGCCUCAAUAUGGCAGGAGGCAGAACUGCAGUCCAACUUGAAGAGUGAGAGGCAGCACUCAAAUGUAGUGGGCAGAACAUAGUCAGAUAGUUGAUUAAUCAAGUGAGAUAUUUUUGAUCAAGGAAUUUUGAUGGGCAAUUGUUUGUUUGUUUUUCUGAUGGCAGAAGUGGCUGUGGAGACAUUCAGAGAGUCCAAAUCAUGUUGCUGAAGUAGUCAGGAAAACAAUAUCAUAGGAUCCCAUGUUUGGUAAUAGAAACUGACUUACUUCAAACUGACAUACUGGAGACAUACCAGAGACUGUUUUAGCAGACCGACAGACUAGUUAAAGUUUGAAGUUGUAUGUGUAGACCGACCUGUGUGUGUGUUUCCUACGUUAUUAGACUGACACAUGAGUGUGUGUGUGUGUGUGUGUGUGUUUCUUUCCCGUAGCCCUGUUGUCAUCGUGGUGCGAGGAGCUGGGUCGCCUCCUGCUGUUGCGUCACCAGAAGAGCAGACAGAACGAGCCCCCGCAGGGCAAAGUCCCCAUGCAGCCCAGCAUAAACACCAUGAAACCCCCCGGAGGACUCUCACAUGGGUCAGUGUGUGUUUGUGUGUCCCCGUCCGUCCGUCUGUCAGUGUGUACUUUACUGUACAUGUUUUCUGUUUAACACAAAUGGAGACAUUGUCACUUUCAUUUUCACUUACACAACAGCUGUGAGCACAUGUAAUUUAAACACACACUCCUUCAUUGGUUCCCUGGUUUAAACUGGAUCGUUCAUGUUAACUUAAACAAUGUUGACCUAAAUCUCUGUUUCCUCCCACCUCUCCCCCCUCAAAGUAGGCUAUAUAAAUCAUGCCCUAUGUUGCAUUUAACCUAGAAUAUCCUCCUCCCAGUCCCUUCUCAAAUAAAUACAUGUACUGAGUUUUUCUCUUCAUGAAAGUGAGCUAAGACAAGCUUAGCAGAGCUAGCUUGGAGGAUAAGGACACACAUACAUUCUAGGACUGGGAAUUGCCAAGGACCUCACGAAACGAUAUUAUCACGAUACUUAUGUAUUGCGAUUCUCAUGAUUCUAUGUGUAUUUGUGAUUCGAUACUGUGAUUUUAUUGCAAUUCGAUAUUCCAAACAUAUUGCUCACAAUAUGUCUGCUGCAGAGGGACAAGAGAGAGCCAUGAGAAAAGAAGUUCUUAUCAGUCAUGGAAAUUAAAGUGCUGAAAACAAAUUGGCUCCUUAUUUAAAAAGAAGAUGGAGAACAAGCUAUGAAGGAAAAAUACUGGAGUUUUGGUGCAGGUACAGCCAACUAGCGCAAAAAUAAUAUUGCGAUAUUGUCAAAAUGAUACUAUAUAUCGUCAAAAAUAAUAUCCCGAUGUUGUAACUGUAUCGAUUUUUUCCCCCCAUCACUAAUACACACACACAGGCACGUACACACGCACAAAUGCACACACAAACGGAGGGAGUGGGCUGCAGUGAAGUAAUGUUUAGCAGAACAUUCCAUUCUCGCCCCAAUUCCAAACCUGGCUGCCACAAGUCUGCUCUACGCCGAGCAUCUUGGGAAGUGUUCUACUCCUUGAAGAUACUAGUAUAUCGGGUCCCUUCCAACACCACAGCUAUGUGUGAAAACACACUCCUCUCCAAAAACAUCCCUUACUUCCCUGUUACAUCACUGUCUGUUUCUCCCCGUAGAGUUUAGUUUGUUUAUUCAUAAUGUUCCAGUUAUUCAUAUUCUAGCCUCCGAUUUGUUUGGAGUUUUAAUGCCAAAUAUUCGAAAUAACAUAUACACUACUGGUCAAAAGUUUUAGAACACCUACUCAUUCAAGGGUUUCUCUUUAUUUUCACUAUUUUCUACAUUGUAGAAUAAUAGUGAAGACAACAAACUAUGAAAUAACACACGGAAUCAUGUAGUAACAAAAAAGUGUUAAACAAAUCAAAAUAUAUUUUAUAUUUGAGAUUCUUCAAAUAGCCACCCUUUGCCUUGAUGACAGCUUUGCACACUCUUGGCAUUCCCUCAACCAGCUUCACCUGGAAUGCUUUUCCAACAGUCUUGAAGGAGUUCCCACAUAUGCUGAGCACUUGUUGGCUGCUUUUCCUUCACUCUGCGGUCCGACUCAUCCCAAACCAUCUCAAUUUGGUUGAGGUUGGGGAGUUGUGGAGGCCAGGUCAACUGAUGCAGCACUCCAUUGCUCUCCUUCUUGGUAAAAUAGCCCUUGCACAGCCUGGAGGUGUGUUGGGUCAUUGUCCUGUUGAAAAACAAAUGAUAGUCCCAAUAAGCCCAAAACAGAUGGGAUGGUCUAUCGCUGCAGAAUGCUGUGGUAGCCAUGCUGGUUAAGUGUGCCUUGAAUUCUAAAUAAAUCACAGACAGUGUCACCAGCAAAGCACCCUCACACCAUAACACCUCCUCCUCCAUGCUUCACGGUGGGAAAUACACAUGCAGAGAUCAUCCGUUCACCAACACUGUGUCUCACAAAGCCACUGCGGUUGGAACCAAAAAUCUCCAAUUUGGACUCCAGACCAAAGGACAAGUUUCCACCGGUCUAAUGUCCAUUGCUCGUGUUUCUUGGCCCAAGCAGUUCUCUUCUUAUUAUUGGUGUCCUUUAGUAGUGGUUUCUUUGUAGCAAUUCGACCAUGAAGGCCUGAUUCACACAGUCCCCUCUGAAAAGUUGAUGUUGAGAUGUGUCUGUUACUUGAACUCUGUGAAGCAUUUAUUUGGGCUGCAAUUUCUGAGGCUGGUAACUCUAAUGAACUUAUCCUCUGCAGCAGAGGUAACUCUGGGUCUUCCAAUCCUGUCGUGGUCCUCAUGAGAGCCAGUUUCAUCAUAGCGCUUGAUGGUUUUUGCGACUGCACUUAAAGAAACUUUCAAAGUUCUUGAAAUGUUCCGUAUUGACUGACUUUCAUGUCUUAAAGUAGUGAUGGACUGUCGUUUCUCUUUGCUUAUUUGAGCUUUUCUUGCUAUAAUUGUUCUUGCCAUAAUAUGGACUUGGUAUUUUACCAAAUAGGGCUACCUUCUGUAUAUCCCCCCUACCUUGUCACAACACAACUGAUUGGCUCAAACGCAUUAAUUAACUUUUGAGAAGGCACACCUGUUAAUUGAAAUGCAUUCCAGGUGACUACCUCAUGAAGCUGGUUGAGAGAAUGCCAAGAGUGUGCAAAGCUGUCAUCAAGGCAAAGGGUGGCUAUUUUAAGAUAUCUUUUGAAAAUAUAUUUUGAUUUGUUUAACAUUUUUUUGGUUUUUGGUCCAUAUGUGUUUUCAUAGUUUUGAUGUCUUCACUAUUAUUCUACAAUGUAGAAAAUAGUAAAAAUAAAGGAAAACCCUUGAAUGAGUAGGUGUUCUAAAACUUUUGACGGAUAGUGUACGUGGCCGAAGGUUUCCAAGGAUUAUGAGCACAUUUCACAUUUCUGGGUGGAUAUGCAAUCCUCUGUUGUGUUACGUACUUGGCCAAAUGAAAUCCACGGCUGUCACAUUAGUAUGUGUUUGUAUCUGCCCUGCAGUGAUGACAGGGUCUAUGUGUGUGUAUGUGUGUGUGCGUGCGUGUGCGUGUGUGUAUUCUGAAGUGAUAGGUUAAUGUAGAGCUGGGACGAUAAACCGAAAAUGAUCGAUACCGAUCACUUAUCGCAGGCAUUUUGCUGAUAUCGUUCAUAACGAUAAAUAGCCUAUACUAGAAAAAUUUGAAGAUUUAAAUGAAAUAAGUUUGCUAAUAUGGGUGAUUGUUAAUUGGACAAUCGAUGGCUACAACCAUCAAACUAGUACUAGUAGUUUAAAGGUCCAAUGCAGCUGUUUUCAUCUCAAUAUCAAAUAAUUUUCAGGAUAACAAUCAAGUACCUUACUGUGAUUGUUUUCCAUUAAAAUGGUCAAUGAUAAUAAACAAAAAUAGCUUCUUAGCAAAGAGCAAUUUCCCAAGCAAUAAUUUUGCUAGGACUAUCUGGAUGUGGUCUAAGUGGGAGGGGAAAACUGACAAUUACCUGUUAUUGGAAGAGAGGUUUGGAACUUUCUUUCUUAUUGGUCUAUUAACUAAUUUACUGCUUGGUGAUGUCACCAUGGAAUGCCAAAUCCUAUUAAGGAUUCUAAUUCCUAUUUCAAUGGCCAAAAUUCCAUCCCACCAAAACAGGCUGAAAUUUCAGGCGGUCUUUUCAAACAGCUCUUACACUAAAAGGGAAUUAUCAUAAUUUUCACAAUUUCACAGUAUUACUCCACCUCAUAGUGUGGAAAUAUAUAUAAAACACAAGAAAAUCAGGUUUUUGACUGGGGGGCUUUAAAGGAUCAUUACAAAAAAAUGUGGUGCACAUUAAUGUUAUAAACGUAUCGUUCUAUUUAUCAUUAUCACAUCAAUUCAGGCAAUUUAUCGCGGUAUGGAUUUUUGUCCAUAUUGCCUAUCUCUGGGUUAAUGUGUGUGUUCGUAUUUGUUCUGUAGGGAUGGGUCAUUUGCCUACGACUCUGUCCCAUGGCAACAGAACACCAACCAGCCCCCAGGGUCAUUGUCCGUUGUUACCACGGUGUGGGGUGUGACCAACACAUCACAGAGUCAGGUGAGACACACAACACACACCCACACACACUUCAGUACACACUAUUUGAUGUUUUCGACACACAACACACACUCUUAUACCUUUGUAUUGAGUCUAGUAAUUGAACUACCGAAGACAGACCCUGAAUCACAAAUCUCCUUAGGCACCUGUGUAGAUCUGAGAUGAUUGGAUAGGUAUAAGUAAUAUGGUGGUAGCUCCAUUUUGCCCUCUGAUUGGACCUGGUGGAAUCAUCACCAUAUUGCUUUUACCUAGCCAUUCCUCUCAGAUUGACAAAAUGUCCCAGGGACUAGAGGCUAGGGGUUUAUUGGAAUUUUGAUGUUGGUUGAAAUAUGGUUUGCUGUGUGUGUAUCACCAAAAGCUAGACCUAUAUCAAAGAUCUCUUGUUGAAGUCCCACACAGUGAGUUGACAUCAUAUAAUGACAUAUUAGGAUCUCUGUGGUUGACAUAACCCUGUUUGCUGUGUCUAAUCAAAAACUAUAUCAAGGAUCAGUUGUUAGACCUUUUUUUUUUUACAUAUGACCUUUCUUCACCCAGGUUUUGGCCAACAGCUCCAGCCAUAUGAACCCAGGAGGUAACCCCAUGGGCCAGGGUAUGUCUGGGGGUCCGGCAGGCCUCAACUCCCCCCAGUUCCCCGGCCAGCAGCAGCAGUUCCCGACCAAGGGAGGCCAGGGUCAGGGCUACAUGCAGCAGGGGAUGUAUGGCAGGCAAGGAUAUCCCGGUGGAGGGAGCUACAGCGGGAGGUAAGAGGUCAUACACACACAUGAAUGAAGUUAAAACUGACACAUUCUCUAUCUCACUCUUACUCUAUGCUUUUAACACAUACUGUACAGUAUACACAGCUCUAAUUCAUAUUGUUGCCGUUAUAUAGUUACCCAGGUGGUCCUAACACUCCCCCAGGGGGGAUGGGCAUGCCCCAACACUCCCGCCAGCCUGGCGACUUCACCCAACCAGCAGCUGCUGCUGCUGCUGCCGCUGUUGCCGCCGCCGCUGCUACGGCAACCGCCACGGCAACCGCUACCGUGGCAGCCAUGCAGCAGGAGACCCAGAACAAAGAGAUGAACCAGUAUGGACAGGUACGGACACAUCACGGCACGUACAAACACAGUUAUCAUAACAUGCAUACAAACACACACACACACCAUUGCCAUAAUAACUUAUAAUAUCUUGUUUUGGGCCUGAGGAAAACCAGGUACAACUACAUACAUUACACACUAUAUACACUAUAUACACUAAAACCAUGGAGUCAAACCUGCAGCUUCCUACUUAACUGUAACUCUUCAUCCUUUCUUCCACCUUUAUUUUUCCUCCAGAUGUGUUCCUCCUUCCAGAUGGGCCCAGGCCAGGCCUACAACAACCAGUUCAUGAACCAGCCCGGCCCCAGAGGGCCCCCUGGAGGCAUGAACCCAGGCAGCAUGGGCCAGGCCAUGAACAACCCGAGCAUGGGUGGGCCUCCCAUGGGCAUGAACCAAACUCAAGCCCCAGGCAUGGGGCCUUUUGGGGCCCAUGGCCAGAGGAUGCCCCAGCAGGGCUACGGAGGACCUGGUGGCCCCAGGCAGGCCAUGCCUGUUCAGGGCAUGAAGAGGCCCUAUCCUGGAGAGGUGAGUUGGAUGGUGUGUGUGUGUGUGUGUGUGUGUAUUUUUCCUUUGAGUAUUAUAUUGUCAUAGUACCUCCCCACAUGCAGUUCAUGCGUUUCUCACAAAUGUUGAUAGAUUAAUUAAGUUGUUGAUUGAUUCUCUCUCUCUCUCUCUCUCUCUCUCUCUCUCUCUCUCUCUCUCUCUCUCUCUCUCUCUCUCUCUCUCUCUCUCUCUCUCUCGCUCUCUCUCUCUCUCUCUCUCUCUCUCUCUCUCUACAGCCAAACUACGGGGGUCAGCAGUAUGGUCCUAACGGUCAGUUCCCUCCCCAGCAGAGUCAGUACCCUACCUCUAACCCAUCCAGACCGAUGCCUUCCCCAAACUACCCCGGCCAGAGGAUGCCUGGGGGGCAGGGGCAAGGCCAGUACCACCCGCAAGGAAUGCCCAUGGGGCAGUACUAUAGGGUGAGAGCUCCCUCACACUAACACUCCCUAUCUACCUGUAAGCUCUAGACCUCCCCUCACAGUAACAUAACCAUUUUACCAUUUACACCUGCUCCCAUUGUACAUUUAACCAUUGAUGUCUGUUUCAUUCACAGCAAGAGCCAUUCAAUGGUCAGAACAGCAACUUACCUAGAGGUGGAUACUCAUAUAGCCAAGGCAACGGGGUAUGUACUCUCCUUUUUUAUCCUUUGUCUAAGCAAUUGAACUGCCAACAGAGUUAUUUUAAUUCUCUCUCUCUCAUGGUUUUUCUUUAACCCGUAUGUAUCACUCUUCUUCCUCUCUCUCUCCCCCUCUCCUUUUUUCCCCUCCCUCCCCCUCUCUCUUUACCUCUCUCCCUCUCUGCAGGCCCCCAGGCCAGUUAACUACCCCCACUCCCCGGUGCCUGGUAACCCCACUCCCCCAAUGACCCCCGGAAGCAGUAUGGUCCCAUACCUCUCGCCCAACCAGGAUGUCAAGCCCCCGUUCCCGCCUGACAUGAAACCAAAUAUGGCAGCGCUGCCACCUCCCAGUGAGUACUUACACUGGAGCAUCCACACAUGGAUGCAUGCAUGCACGCACACAUAUGCACGUAUGUAAGUAUGUAUGCAUGCUCGCACACAACACACACACAUACACACACACACACACACACACACAGUGGCUAGUCUACAGACAGUACAGCAGAGCUAUUCCAAUCCGUCAGUAACUCUUUCGAUACCUUUGGCUGAAAAUAUAGCAAUGCCUGCACAACAAAGUAUUAGCAGUACAUGUAUGGUUUUAUUUCAUUUUCAUGAGAUACAAAGCCAUUGAGACACGACUACUUCACUACAUAACUACCAGGGUUGGGGUCAAUUCCAUUUCAAUUCCAGUCAAUUCAGGAAGUACACUAAAAUUCCAAUUCUCUGCUUUGCUUUUCAAUUGGGAAAAGUUGGAAUUGGAAUUUGACUGGAAAUUAAAUGGAAUUGAGCCCAACCCUGAUCACUACUACAUUCUGCCCUGAUACAGUGCAUUCGGAAAGUAUUCAGACCCCUUCACUUUUUCCACAUUUUAUUACGUUACAGCCUUAUUCUAAAAUGGAUUCAAUAGUUUUUUCCCCUCAUCAAUCUACACACAAUAUCAAAUCAAAUCAAAUCAAAUGUUAUUUGUCACAUGCGCCGAAUACAACAGGUGUAGACCUUACAGUGAAAUGCUAAUUUACAAGCCCUUAACGAACAAUGCAGUUUUAAGAAAUAAUAAACAAAUAAUCAAUUUUAAAAAAGUUUUUAAAAAAUGUCUUAAAGUGACUAUGCAUAGAUAAUAAACAGAGAGUAGCAGCAGCGUAAAAGAGGGGUGGGGGGGCAAUGCAAAUAGUCUGGGUAGCCAUUUGAUUAGAUGUUCAGGAGUCUAAUGGCUUGGGGGUAGAAGCUGUUUAGAAGCCUCUUGCCGUGCGGUAGCGGUACCGGAGCGCCAAGUCUAGGUCCAAGUGGCUUCUAAAUACCCAAUAAUGACAAAGCAAAAACUAUUUUUUAUACAUUUUUGCAAAUGUAUAAAAAAUUAAGUACUGAAAUAUCACAUUUACUGUACAUGGCUGUACUGUAGUUGACUCCUAUAGCGUAUAACCAUAGGAUUCUACAGCCAUGUGUUAGUUAGGGUAAUACCCCACAGUGAUAUCCCGGUGCCCCAGCCAGUUUUCUGUAUGUGUGACUGUUAAUAAACCAGUAUACAAUUCUUACCCCACUACCACAGAUACAGUUAAAAGGAAAGCUGACGUCCUAUCUUCCUGUCCUGUCUCUCCGCUCCCAUCAGCCAAUCCCAACGAUGAGCUGCGGUUGACCUUUCCGGUCCGGGACGGUGUGGUGUUGGAACCUUUCCGGUUGGAACACAACCUCGCCGUCAGUAACCACGUCUACCACCUACGACCGUCGGUACACCAGACCCUCAUGUGGAGGUGAGAUACAGAGACAGACAGACACACAGACAGACACAGACAGACACACACACAGACACAUACACCUACGACCGUCGGUACACCAGACCCUCAUGUGGAGGUGAGAUACAGACACAGACAGACACACAGACAGACACACACACAGACACAUACACCUGCGACCGUUGCUACACCAGACCCUCAUGUGGAGGUGAGAUACAAAGACAGACAGACACACAGACAGACACACACACAGACACAUACACCUGCGACCGUUGCUACACCAGACCCUCAUGUGGAGGUGAGAUACAGAGACAGACAGACACACACACAGACACAUACACCUGCGACCGUUGCUACACCAGACCCUCAUGUGGAGGUGAGAUACAGAGACAGACAGACACACAGACAGACACACACACACAGACACAUACACCUGCGACCGUUGCUACACCAGACCCUCAUGUGGAGGUGAGAUACAGAGACAGACAGACACACAGACAGACACACACACAGACACAUACACCUGCGACCGUUCCUACACCAGACCCUCAUGUGGAGGUGAGAUACAGAGACAUGUGGAGGUGAGAUACAGAGACAUGUGGAGGUGAGAUACAGAGACAUGUGGAGGUGAGAUACAGAGACAUGUGGAGGUGAGAUACAGAGACAUGUGGAGGUGAGAUACAGAGACAUGUGGAGGUGAGAUACAGAGACAUGUGGAGGUGAGAUACAGAGACAUGUGGAGGUGAGAUACAGACAUGUGGAGGUGAGAUACAGAGAUAUGUGGAGGUGAGAUACAGAGACAUGUGGAGGUGAGACUCAAGUCUUAUUCUAUUUCUGUACCACCACAAAAAUGUUGCCAUGUUUGCAUUCCAUGGAAAAUAUUGACCAAUAGCAGUCCUGAUCAUUUAAAGAACUUUCAACUAAGCUUAUUACCAAACCCUUGACCAACUGAAUAAGGUGUGCUAGUGCUGGGCUGGAACAAAACUGUGCUGUCCUGGCUGGGUGUCCCAGAGGAGCGGAUUAGGAAAAACUGUUUUGUAUCUGCUAAAUGACUAAAAUUUAAAUGUAAUGUAUUUGACUGUAUUGACCUCUGCCCUUUGCUCUUUGCCCCCUCUAGGUCAGACCUGGAGCUGCAAUUCAAGUGUUACCACCAUGAGGACCGACAGAUGAACACCAACUGGCCCGCCUCCGUCCAGGUCAGCACACGCACGCACGCACGCACGCACGCAUGCAGCAUGCAUACAGAUACACACACACACAGUGUCACGUUCGUUGAGUACAGACUUGGACCAAGGUGCAGCAUGGUAUGCAUACAUGUUAGUUUAUUGAAUAAACACAGAACAAAACAACAAAAGCAACGUAACGUGAAGUUCUAAAGGCUAACAUCAAACAAGCCAAACCCACAGAACCAAGAUCCCACAACAUAGGUAGGCAACAUGGCUACCUAAGUAUGAUUCCCCAAUCAGAGACAACGAUCGACAGCUGCCUCUGAUUGGGAACCACACCCGGCCAACAUAGAUAUACAAACAUAGACUGUACACCCUGACCAAACCAACAAGAAACAACAGGCAUUAAAGGUCAGGGCGUGACAGUACCCCCCCAAAGGUGCGGACUCCGGCUGCAAAACCUAAUUUAACAGGGGAGGGUCCGGGUGGGCAUCUAGCCUCGGUGGUGGCUCCGGCUCCGGGCGUGACGUCCUCUCCCUUACUGCCUCCCCGUUGCACCCCCGGCGCGAUGCUUCCCCUCUCAGUCCUCCCACGAUGCACCAAGCCCUGUCUGGACCCUGGUGUGGGAGGCCCCGACCCUGGAGAGGGGCUGACGUCUUGGCCUGAUCCGGCAAUCCCCCCACGAUGCACCAAGCCCUGUCUGGACCCUGGUGUGGGAUGCCCCGACCCUGGAGAGGGGCUGACGUCUGGGCCUGGACCGGCAAUCCCCCCGCGAAGCACCAAGCCCUGUCUGGACCCUGGUGUGGGAGGCCCUGACCCUGGAGAGGGGCUGACGUCUGGGCCUGGACCGGCAAUCCCCCCGCGAAGCACCAAGCCCUGUCUGGACCCUGGUGUGGGAGGCCCUGACCCUGGAGAGGGGUUGACUUCUGGUUCUGGAGUGGAGCCGCUGACCGGAGCUGAACUGGACCCCGGUGGAGCGGACUGCUCUGGCUCUGGACUGGAGCAGCUGACCGGGGCUGGACUAGGCACCGGUAGAGCGGACUGCUCUGGCACUGGAGUGGAGCCGCUGACCGGAGCUGAACUGGACCCCGGUGGAGCGGACUGCUCUGGCACCGAAGUGGAGCAGCUGACCAGAGCUGGACUAGGCACCGGUAGAGCGGACUGCUCUGGCACCAGCCGUACCGGGCUGGGGACACGCACCACUGGUCUGGUGCGAGGAACAGGCAUGGGCCGCACCGGGCUGGGAACACGCACCACUGGUCUGGUGCGAGGAGCAGGCACGGGCCGUGCCGGACUGGAGACACGCACCACUGGUUUGGUGCGAGGAGCAGGCACGGGGCGUACCGGGCUGGCGACACGCACCACUGGUUUAGUGCGGGGAGCAGGUACGGGCCGUACAGGACUGGAUACACGCACCACUAGUUUGGUACGGGGAGCAGGUACGGGGCGUACCGGGCUGGCAACACGCACCACUGGUUUGGUGCGGGGAGCAGGUACAGGCCGUACCGGACUGGAGACACGCACCACUGGUUUGGUGCAAGGAGCAGGUACGGGCCGUGCCGGACUGGAGACACGCACCACAGGUUUGGUGCGAGGAGCAGGCACGGGCUUUACCGGUCUAUGAAGGCGCAUUGGCGGCACAGUGCGUAAAGCCGGCGCAUAGCCUGGUGCCUGCAUGGUCACACGCUCCUCAAAGCGAGUGCGGGGAGUUGGCUCUGCUAACCUCUGCUCUAAAGACUGAGCUCUCUGCUGCUGGAGGGUUAAUUCCUCUCUCAGCUUCUCUUGUUGCCUGGCCAGCUCAUCUCUCCGUGCAACCAUUGACUCCUUCUCCCUACGGGCCUCCUGCAGGUGGUUGUCUCUUCUGUUAGAGUGCUAAUCUGCAGGUCUCUCCGAGCCUCCUGCUGCUUAGCCAACCACCCUGUGUACCCCCCCAAAAAAAAAUCUUGGGGCUGCCUCUCGGGCUUCCUUAGCGGUCGGGACCUUUUGAGUCGCCGUUUUAUCUCCCUCGCUGCCUCCGUCUGCUCCCAAGGAAGGCGAUCCAUCCCUGCCUGGAUCUCCUCCCACGUCCAUGAUCCUUUUCCGUCUAAUAUCUCCUCCCAUGUCCAUGAUGUGUGCUCCUCCUGUUCACGCUGCUUGGUCCGUUGGUGGUGGGAUCUUCUGUCACGUUCGUUGAGUACAGGAUUGGACGAAGGUGCAGCGUGGUAUGCGUACAUGUUCAUUUAUUGAAUAAACACCGAACAAAACAACAAAAGCAACGUAACGUGAAGUUCUAAAGGCUAACAUCAAACAAGCCAAACCCACAGAAACAAGAUCCCACAACAUAGGUAGGCAACAUGGCUGCCUAAGUAUGAUCCCCAAUCAGAGACAACGAUCGACAGCUGCCUCUGAUUGGGAACCACACCUGGCCAACAUAGAUAUACAAACAUAGACUGUACACCCUGACCAAACCAACAAGAAACAACAGGCAUUAAAGGUCAGGGCGUGACACACAGACACACUCUCCUUCCUCCUUCCAGGUCAGUGUCAACGCCACGCCCCUGACCAUCGAACGGGGCGACAACAAGACGUCCCAUAAACCCUUGCACCUGAAGCAAGUGUGUCAGCCCGGCAGAAACACCAUCCAGAUCACCGUCACCGCGUGCUGCUGUGUGAGUACACAAUUCAAUAGAAUAUGCAGAUACAAGGGAUAUUUUAAAUGUAUGUAGAGGAUACACUGGAUGUGUUCAUAAUCCAGUUUUUAUUUUUGUAUUUUAUUAAUGUCUUUGUUUUAUGUCUUUAUGUUAUUUAUGUUAUUUAUGUCUAUGUUAUUUAUGUCGUUAUGUUAUUUAUGUCUUUAUGUUUUUAUGUUAUUAAUGUCUUUGUUAUUUAUAUUAUUUAUGUCUUUAUGUUAUUAAUGUCUUUAUAUUAUUUAUGUCUAUGUUAUUUAUGUUAUUUAUGUCUUUAUGUUUUUUAUGUCUUUAUGUUAUUUAUGUUAUUUAUGUCUUUAUGUUAUUUAUGUCUUUAUGUUAUUUAUGUCUUUAUGUUUUUUAUGUCUUUAUGUUAUUUAUGUUAUUUAUGUCUUUAUGUUAUUUAUGUCUUUAUGUUAUUUAUGUCUUUAUGUUAUUUAUGUCUUUCCCCCCUCUAUGUGCAGUCGCACCUGUUUGUGCUGCAGCUGGUCCACAGGCCUUCAGUCCGCUCCGUCCUGCAAGGGCUCCUGAAGAAGAGACUCCUGCCUGCAGAACACUGCAUCACCAAGAGUAUGUUACUAUUACUGCACUACUAUACUGCAAUAGUCUUUACGUGUCUGACUAUAACUCUGACUCCUGCCUGCAGAACACUGCAUCAUCAAGAGCAUGUUACCACUAUUAUAUUGUACUAUACUAAUACUAUACUAAUAUAGGCUUUACCCUAUCUUACUACCUUUACAUCAAUCUUGAGUGCAAGAAUAUGCCUAACUCUAAUCUAACUCUAAUCUCUCUCUCUCUCUCUCUCUCUCUCUCUCUCUCUCUCCCUCCCUCUCCCUCCUCUCCCGUCCCUCCCUCCAGUUAAGAGGAACUUCAGCAGCGUUGUGGCCUCGUCGGGUAACACCAGUCUAAACGGGGAGGACGGCAUUGAGCAGACCGCCAUCAAAGUCUCCCUCAAAUGCCCAAUCACUUUCAGGCGCAUCCAGCUGCCUGCCAGGGGGCAUGACUGCAAACACGUACAGGUAGGAUGACAAGGGGUAUGUUUUCUAACUACUGUGACAGUAGGGUUGCAAAAUUAUACACAUAUUACAUAUAUUAAACAGGGCCACACAGUAGAUGGCUGGAUAGGGCCACGAGUUUUCCCUGACUAUGUGCCUAGACCAGGAAGAACUUGAGACCCUUAUAGCACAGGUGGUUCGGUGAACUACGCUAAUGUGAUGAGUAACCUUGCCUGAGACCUGAAGACUCAUAAGUGCUUUGUCUUCCACAGUGUUUUGAUCUGGAGUCGUAUCUGCAGCUGAACUGUGAGAGGGGGAUGUGGAGGUGUCCUGUAUGCAAGUAUGUGAUGACCAUUUCCAAACUAUGUUUUGUCAAUAAAGUUAUGUCUCUUUUUUGAAUUAGUUAAAAUAAUGCCUCUCUCUUUUUCUCUGCUCACAGUAAAACUGCGUUGUUAGAGGGUCUAGAGGUGGACCAGUACAUGUGGGGAAUCCUCAACGCCAUCCAGAAGUAUGUUUAUUCUUCCUUAUUACUAAUAAUAGUAUUACUCAUAAUUAUUAUUAACCUUCAGUGCUUCAUGUUCUUUUCCAGUAUUCCCACUAUUAUUUCUAUAGUGUCUAAUAUGUAAUAUGGGACCAUAAAAAUGCCCGUCUUCAUCCUGUAGUGCUUAAAUGUUAUUUCCACUAUUCCCAAUAUUAUUAUUACCACAGUGUCUUCGUAAUACUGGACUUUUCCACUUCCUCCUUCCUUUGAAAUAUGGGACUGUAUAAAAAGGUCCCCUUCCUCUUCCCGUAGUUCGGAGUUUGAGGAGGUGAACAUUGACCCAUCGUGUAGCUGGCGGCCGGUGCCCAUCAAAUCUGACCUCCAUAUUAAAGAAGACCCUGAUGGACCACUGGCCAAACGCUUCAAGACCAUGAGCCCCUCCCAGAUGACCAUGCCCAAUGUCAUGGAGAUGAUCGCCCAGCUGGGCCCUGGCCCCUCCCAUUACCCAUCAGGCCCUGCUCAGCACGGGGGCGUCGGCACCGGGGGCAUCCCAGGGGAGUACGGUGGCCCGAGAGGCCCAGGUAAAGACCAAUUUCAGAAUUCAGUUUUAUACAUUUUGAACAUUUUAAAUGUUGGUUAUUUAGAAGACACUCUUAUCCAGAGCAACUACAGUCAUACUAAGGUAUGUAAGACAACCUAAGAAUCCCCUCCCCUUAUUUAUGUUUUUCUGUGCUGCUAGGCAACACUUACCACGGCCACGGGAACUUUGACUUCCCCCACGGUAACCCCUCGGGCGGGGGAGGAGGUGGUGGAGGAGGACCGAGAGGAGGAGGAUCCCCCAUGAGUGACUUUAUCCACACCCCUCAGCUGUCCCACCCCCCAGACUUCCCCGGGGGUCUUCUAUCCCAGGACAAGCCCCUCAGCCACGGCAUCAACGGCCCUGUAAGUCUCCUACACCUCCACCACCAACCACCAGGGCCACUCAUACCAGAGUUGCUGAAAAACCUCAUAGAAAAGUAGUACACCCACACCCAAACAUUUCCCAGGUGCAGGGUACAACAAAUGUCAUAUGAAAGGAAUAAAAAUACUUGUUGUAUAUCAUCUCAUAUAGUUUGUUGUAAUGAUUGUCAGGCCUGUCAAAGACCUUGUAGUUCAUAAAAAGCACUGAUCUCGAUCAGGUUAGCUUUGGCAUUGUGUUCAGCUUUUCUUAGCAGCCUUGCUCAUGUCAUCCUCUACAUGUCAGCUCAGAGCUUUCUUUAAACACAUUCUACUUCCUCGCCUUCCCUAUCUCUCUCCCCCUGCGUCUCUCACUCUCUCCUUCUCUCCCUCCCUCUCUUUCUCCCCCUCCGUCUCUCUCCCUCCCUCCCUCUCUCCCUCCUCAGAUGUCUCAUCCUUCCAGCACUGAUCAGUCCCAUAAUUCCAUGCAACAGCAGAGCUUGCACGCACCUCCUCACCCCAACAGCCAGUCGUUACAUCACGGUGGUAGCCAAUCAGGGCAGUCGUUACAUCACAGCGGCCAAUCGUUGCAGCCCCCUCGCCAGCAGGCCCCGCCCCCCCAGCUGCAGCAAGGCCAGAACAGCCACCCGCACAGCGAUAUGAACUUUAACCCCUCCUCGGGCAUCGAAGGUCAAAUCAGUGGUGACAUGCCCGAGCCCUCCCUAGAU